GCAAAGACUAAAGAACGUCAGAAUGAGAUCACUGCUUAUAAACAGACAUCCAGUUGUUUUGGCAAAUUGACGGAGCUUCAUUCGAUUCGAGUUCCUAUAACACAAACAAUGACAGUUUCAUGUGAAUCGAACUUCCCUGGAGCUGGAACUGGAUGGACUGUUAUACAGCGACGUAAAGAUGGUACCAUCAAUUUUAAUAGAACUUGGUCAGAGUACAAAGAGGGUUUUGGAGAUCUGCGAGGAGAAUUCUUUAUUGGACUCGAUAAGCUUCACUUGCUAACACAAUCCCAGCCCCAUGAAUUAUAUAUAUCCCUUGGCGACUUUUCUAAUGAAACACGGUAUGCCAGAUACAACAACUUUGUUAUUGGUAGCGAGACAGAGGACUAUAGAAUAAAAGAUCUUGGAACAUAUUCAGGCGAUGCUGGCGACUCAUUAGCGGAUCACAAAUAUAGAUUUUCAACACCCGAUAAAGAUUUUACCUAUGAUAAGUGUCCACCCUAUUUCAGUUCAGGCUGGUGGUUUUCCAAUAUUGGUUGCUAUUCUUGCAAUCUUAAUGGAAAAUAUAUACAAGAAGACAUUGGAGAGGAAACUGAUGGAAUUGAAUGGAGAGAAUGGAAAAAGAAUCGACCUUUGAAAUUUACACAAAUGAUGAUAAGGCCAAAAUCAUGUUUAUUCUGA